GGACCGCCGAUGGUACGAGGACUUCUGAGAUCACUGCUUCAAACGUAUCAAUGGGGACGAACCGGACUGCGGUUGAAGCUGUCACUGUUACGCAGUAUUUGGCGGGCGCUGGUGCAACGGCGACAGGGAGCACCACUCAGCCACCAGAGACCUCGAGGAUACGGGCUCUGAUAACAAAGGCCCUGCCAACCGUGAGCGGCAGACUCAUGCGGCGGCUGCUUCAGGCUGACAUAUCUGCAGAAUGCAGCCUCGGCGUGCUCCACUUUAUGCGCGCCAUCCAGACGCUCGAGCCAUGGGCCUUCAGACUGGUGGACGCGACGGCUAAAUAUCCGACAGGCCUCCUGCAAGCAUCCACGGCCAAUUUGGGAGCCUACGACGAGUGCAUAGAAACUGUAGCGAGGGAUGAGUACGGAAUCGAGAAGGCACGCGGACAAUACUGCAACGUGCAUCUCUCCAUUGGAGAAGACAGCCCCAUCAUCAGCGAGAUCAUGCCAGCGGUAAUGCUCUCGCACAAAAGGACAAUAAAUUUCACGGAGUACAUGACUGAUGAAAGACUGCCUGGGCUACGUCUGGGGAUAUGCUUCAUCGCCGCCUGCAGCGAGCAGGACCUUUCGAACAUCGGUCGCAGCUUAAUAGGGCCUUCUACCAGAAUUACUGUGAAGAACUGCGUCACAAGUGUGGACGGCGGCAUAACCAGCACUCAGGCCUGGAUCUUAACAUGUUUAGCCCUUCUUGUAACUGCAGUUGUUGCUGCAACAGCCUUCGAACUAUUCACAAACAAAUGGGACAUUAAACGAAAGAACGCGGUCCCUUACAAAUGCGUCGUAGCAUUCUCAGUACUGACAAACACUAAAAUAAUCCUGAAGGUCAACGACGACAAGUGUUCGGAUAGCUACGCCUACCGCUUUGUACAUGGCAUCCGGUUCCUGAGCAUUUUCUGGAUUUGCCUAGGACAUUCCUAUGCAAUCAUCACGGAAAACAUAACGAGGCUGCUGAACGCUCUGCAUUAUUUCGAACGUUGGGAAACAAUGAUCGUAACGGCUGGCUACCAAGGCGUGGACAGUUUCUUCUUUUUCAGCGGAUUUCUGCUCUACUUUGUGCUCAGGAAACAGAAGCACGAUCAACUGGUCGUCGCUGUGGUGGCUAUUAUCCGACGAUUUAUUAGGUAAGUAGAGCCGCUAACAAACAUGAUCCGAACUAAUAUGAAGCUUUACGCAUGAAGG